GAUAACGGUUCAUCACAUUGGUAUCGAGACUAACUUUCCUGACCUCAAUUUUCCACAACUCGCGAUACUGGUCGCAACUUUUUAAAAUGAGCACUGCAAGUGCUGCGGCUCGCGCUCGCGAGACCGAGGCUGCUCUGCAGCAACAGCAACAGCAGCAGCCGCAAAUUCCUGGCGCUGCUGGCGUAGUGGGUGCCAAUAUUCCUCCGGUCAACAAUGGCGACCCGCCCGCUCAGGCCGCAGCGGCUCAGGCUGCUGCAGCGGAGGAGCAGGCUCGCAUUGCGGCUAAUGCUUCACGGCUCCGCGCCAUGCCCCUCAACGACACGCCGGUUGACGAGGACGAGGACAUGGCGGAGGCCGCGGCCGGGCCGAGCAGUCCGAAGCUGGACAAGCGCACCCUGAACGCCAACACGCCCAAGUUGGUGUUCACUGUCGAGGAGGCGGAGCGCAACGACAUGACGGUGGCGCAGCUCAUCGACAUUCUGGCCGAUGAUGUGGAGCGCAUCGUUCUGCUGGCGGACGGCAAGCUGCCGCGCGACCGGGUGCCCAUCACCCUGUGGCUGGAGAUGGCGGUGGAUAACCUGCAACUGCGUGGCCGUCUGCGCGCGGCGCUGUCUGCGGAGUUUGGCGGUUACCUGCCGGUCAACGCAUGGCACUGGCUGCGUACGUGGCUGAAGAAGCACGUCACGUCCGCCGAGGAGCUGUCUGCGCUUUCGGCCUGGAUUAAGCUCAAGGAGCAGGGCGGGAUUCAGACGCUGUCGGAGCUGCUACAGGUCAUCGCGGACAUGCAGCGCCUGCUUCCGCGUGACUUCGACCAGCUGUGCAUCCUGCAGGCGCUGAGCCUGGUGCCGCUGCGCCUGCGCAACAUGCUGUUGCGCAAGACGCUGCAGGACGGCAAGCAGGAGGACUGGGCGAGCUGGGCUGAGUUUGAGCAGGUGCUCGCUGCGCACGUGUCUGCCUUCCCCGGCUACGGCAAGCACGCCGGUUCCGGCGGCCAGGGCGGCACGCCCAAGAAGCAGAAGACGGACGCCAGCAGCAGCCCGGGCUACGGCGGCGGCAACAAGGGCGACGGCGGCAAGGGCGGCAGCAAGGGCGGCAACCGCAGCUUCUCCAACCGCUCCAGCAGUGGCGCGGGUGGCAGCGGCAUUGCGCGGCCGACGCCGCUGCACCUCACCGGUGCCGGCGCCGCCAAGCGCUACCCCUUCGACGAGAACAAGCCGGAGCGCCGCCUGUACGUGCCCAACCAGACCAAGGCGGACCGCGACAAGCUCGCCGCGCAGAACAAGUGCUGGAUCUGCGAGGGCAAGGGCCACGACCACAAGACGUGCCCCAACCGCGGCGGCACCAAGUCGGGCGAGCCCAAGAGCCUGUACGACCGCGACCGCUACUGGUACUGGGAGAAGAAGUAGGGGGUUGAGCCUUGCCCAGCUAGGGACACGGCUGAGCUCGCGUGUGCGUAUGCCACGGACUCGCAAGCAACUCACUCUCAUUGUGAUGCGUCAGUAAGCGCAUGUGCCUUCGGUGUGGCACAACCUGCAUGUGAUUCGGUGCCUUGUGUAUCGGCACCGCAUACCGCAUGUGAUUCGGUGCCUUGUGUGUCGGCGCCGCAUACUGCAUUUAGGUCUGACCCUGUUAUUGCUGAGACGGUUCAUGCUGUGAACGUUUUGCCUGUCAGUUUGAACGCUGCUUCUGCUAAUGCGAAGAAGCGCACGGCCAGUGUGGCUAUGGACGGAGACCGCCCGGUUGAGACGCGUGCGUGUAACGCAAAGACGUG